GUGAAUCUUUCAGUUUCAGUCCUCUUCAUGUUUGUUGUUUGAUGCUUCUUUCAGGUUUUGAUUUUCUUUUUUUUAUUGCAGCACAAUGGAACUUGUGUGAUGUGAACACACCAUAUAAUUUCCUUCUAUCUCAUUGCUCCUUUAUCUUUUUUCUCUCUCAUGUCUUUCCUCUCUCAGAUAUGCAUUUCCAAGAGUGGUUACGAUCACUUCGUUCCAGCACGGGACUCAAAGUAUCCGAUUCAGACGACGUGUGGAGUCUUCUGCCAUCUCUGCCUCUGUCCUCCUUCUCCUUGUCCUCCCUGUCUCUGUCGCCUUCCUCUCUGCUGGGUUUGGGAGCCUUGGCAUCCCUCACUGCGUAUUGGCUGGUGACACGUCCUCGACCCAUGCGUCCCCCCUGUGAUCUGCAAGCUCAGUCCGUAGCUGUAAACGGAGAUUCCAGCUGCAGGCGAUCUGCUCUUCUUAACGAUGACUCACUGCUGGAGUUUUACUACGAUGACACCAAGACGGCCUAUGACAUGUUCCAGAGAGGCCUCAGGAUCGCAGGAAACGGCCCAUGUCUUGGCUUCAGGAAGCCGGGUCAGCCCUAUGAGUGGAUCUCCUACACUGAGGUGGCUGAACAGGCACAGGUGCUGGGCUCUGGGCUGUUAGCUAAAGGCUGCCAGCCGACCCCGGAGCAGUUUGUUGGGAUAUUUGCACAAAACAGACCAGAGUGGAUCAUCUCUGAACUGGCCUGCUACACCUACUCCAUGGCUGUGGUGCCUCUGUACGACACACUGGGGCUGGAGGCAAUGGUGCACAUCCUCAACCUGGCCGAGAUCUCUCUGGUGAUCUGCGACCGGGAGGAGAAGGCGGCAUCUCUGUUGGAGAACAAGGAGCAAGGCGUGACUCCAAAGCUCUCCUGCCUGGUUCUCUUUAACGAUUUCACUGAGGCCUUCGUGGAGAGGGCGAAGAAUUGCCAGGUGGAGGUUUUGAAACUGGCACAACUCAUGGAGCUGGGAAGGCAGAACCUCAAAGAUCCUGUGCCGCCCCAGCCUCAGGAUCUGGCCGUGGUUUGCUUCACCAGUGGAACCACAGGAAAGCCCAAAGGAGCCAUGAUCACCCACGGCAACAUCGCCUCCAACACUUCCUCUGUCAUUAAGAUCCUGGAGGGUUCGUUUGUGAUCCAGCAAGAGGAUGUGUCGAUCUCCUACCUGCCACUUGCCCAUAUGUUUGAGAGGAUGAUUCAGGUUUCUAUGUUCUGCCAUGGAGCCCGAGUAGGAUUCUACCAAGGAGACAUUUCUCUUCUUAUGGAUGACAUUAAAACUCUCAAACCGACCUUCUUUCCUGUUGUCCCUCGUUUACUCAAUCGCAUCUAUGACAAGAUCCUGGGUUCUGUGACCUCUCCGCUGCGGCGGGCUUUGCUUCAUUACGCUGUGAGGAGAAAGCAAGCGGAGCUCAGCAGCGGUGUUGUACGUAACAACAGUCUUUGGGACAAGUUGGUGUUUAACAGGAUUCAGGCCAAUUUAGGAGGUAAUCUGCGGUUCGCCCUGACUGCUUCAGCACCCAUCUCUCCCACUGUACUGUCCUUCCUCAGAGCCACUCUCGGCUGUCUGAUCUUUGAGGGUUACGGCCAGACAGAAUGCACCGCUGGCUGCACGUUUUCUAUGCCUGGUGACUGGAGCGCAGGUCAUGUCGGCGCUCCUUUGCCCUGUGCCAUGGUGAAGGUGGUUGAUAUCCCUGACAUGAAGUACUACGCUAAGAACGGAGAGGGAGAGAUCUGCAUUCGUGGCCCCAGUGUGUUCAGAGGCUACCUGAAGGACCCAGACAGGACAGCUGAAGCCUUGGACAAUGACGGCUGGCUUCAUAGUGGGGACGUAGGCCAGUGGCUUCCAAACGGAACAUUACGCAUCAUUGACAGAAAGAAGCACAUCUUCAAGUUGUCCCAGGGAGAGUACAUCGCUCCUGAGAAGAUAGAAAAUGUCUACAUGCGUUGUGUUCCUGUACUGCAGGUGUUCGUGCAUGGAGAUAGUUUACAGUCUUAUCUCAUAGGCAUAGUUGUGCCUGAUCCAGAGGUGUUUGUUGAUUGGGCUAAAGAGCGAGGAUUUGUGGGAUCCUACGAAGAACUGUGCCAAAAUCCUGAUGUAAAGAACGUAGUAUUAGAUGACAUGAAAGCUGUGGGGAAAGAAGCAGGACUCAAGUCUUUAGAACAAGUGAAGGACCUUCACUUGCACCCAGAGAUGUUCAGUAUCGCCAACGGCCUUCUCACCCCAACCCUGAAAAGUAGACGUGCCGACAUCCGCAGAGUCUUUCAGGAACAGAUAGAAAACAUGUACAGCAAGACAUCCAUGUAA